CGCGGACCCGUGAGGUUCUGUGGUUUGUGUCCGCAAUCUUGUGUGUUUGGAUUUCUCUCGAGGUCUCUACUGGUAUGAGUGCCUUUCCGUAGUUACUAGCUUUAAGGACGGCGAUGCCCCCACCAGUGACGGGCGACCCAGAGAGUGAGUCCGUCAUUCAGAGAGCUUCCCCCACCUCUACUUCACCAGGGAUGACUAUUACCCCCUCCCCACCACACUCGGCGCCUGCCACCCCUCUAGUCCUGCCUUGGGGACAGCGCUCUGAUGUACCAGUGCCUUACCUAGCCCCUACACUACCAUUACCGUACUUCUGGCCAUCCAUUUUCGCGUCACCCUCCAGGCUGUACCUACCUCCAUGGGCGUCGACCCUUCCAGAGGACCUCAGCCCCGACAGGGCGGGCUCCGACACAGGGUACACGCCCGAGAAAGCGAAGACAGAUGAGGAUAUGCCCCUCAACCUGUGUAUCAAGCCCCGCCGACCCCUGGAGAUAUGGUCACCGGCGACCCAGUGUGAAAAAGAGGAGACACCCCAGCCUCAGCAACCUGCGACCUCCACAGUAUCUCCGGCCGAGAGGACAUUUCAGUGCAAACAGUGUGGAAAAAAGUUCAAGAGAUCGUCAACGUUGACAACACAUCUGCUGAUACACUCGGAUACGCGGCCCUACCCUUGUCAGUUCUGUGGGAAGAGGUUCCACCAGAAGUCCGACAUGAAGAAACACACCUACAUACACACAGGCGAGAAGCCCCACAAGUGCGUUGUAUGUGGCAAGGCUUUCAGUCAAUCCUCCAACCUCAUCACGCAUAUGCGCAAACACACAGGAUACAAGCCCUUCUCCUGUGGCCUAUGCGAGAAGGCGUUCCAGAGGAAGGUGGACCUUCGCAGACACCGGGAGAGUCAACACCCUGGGUAUCCUCCCCAGCAGACCCUAGUCUCCAGCAGCAGUCAGUCACCGGUCCAUCAGGAGGUCAAGAUAGAACCUGUCAACUUACCUGCCAGAGCACAACAGUACUUCUGCACCUCCUAGUAGAGAUUUCACUCUUAAAAGUACCUGUAAGGAACCAUUUUCCCUUAUUCUGAACCGUCGGAAGAUAGGAGAUCGGAGGGACUCUGAAAAGUAUUUUUCAGAAACUCCUUUCCUGUGUAUCGUCAUCAAUACUUCUGUACCUCCUAAGAGAAGAUGGAGGGAAAGUACCUGGGUGGAACUCUUUACCACAUUUUGUACGUUCUACUGGAAGAUGGAAGUAAAAGAUUGCAAGGACUUUGAAAGCAUAUAGGAACUAUUUUCUUUCCUCUGUACCUCAAGUAGAAAAUGGAAAAGGAGAUUACAACGGCUUUGAAAAGUAUUUAUAAGGAGCUGUUUUCUUUCUUCUGUAUAUCCAGUGGAAGAUGGAAAAGGAGAGUGCAAAGACUUUGAAAAGUACUUAUUAGAGACUACUUUCCUUCUGAAUUGUCAUCAUAUCGAAACUAGUUAUUUUUGUUCCUUAUUUCAUAAUAUCACAACCAAUUUGAACUUUUAAAGUUCCAUUUGAUGUUUCAUACGUUGGAAAUUGACUUUGACGAGUCAUUCAGUGUCUUAAGUGUUUACCAAACCUUUAUUGGACGAAUUUCAACUCUACGAAAAUUAAAGUGUCUUAAAGUACCGCUAUACUUGUAAUGAACUUAAAAAUAUAAUUUUAAUCCAACAUCCUGAUUACUUAAAAUAGUGAAACAAAUUUGUUAACAGAUUCACUUAUAACCUGUACACGUGUAUUUGUUACCUGUAAAAAAACAACAGUUAUGUAAAAACCGUGAAUUUAGUGUGCAUUCCAUUUUAUAGUUAAGAAGUGUAAUA